UCCGAAGAACUAACCUCGGCUGUAACAGCCCAAGGACAGCACAGCGAUGGUGGCUCAAAGCUGGACACCAUCCAUGAGAUUAACCAAUCCGAAGCAGAGGACGACUCAGUCCCACUGGGGAGACAAGGGGCUUCAGUCAUGGGUAUACCCACCUCUCCAGCAGCCAGGCUGCCCAAUAUGGACACUCUCAGUCAACCAACGUGUCCUAAGGAGGUAAAUGAGCCCUUGCUGGAGAGAUGCCAUGGCAACCAAGCCCCUGUUAAACAAUUAGGUGAGUCACCUGUUUUAGAGGCAGCCUACGGUCAGAAAGAACCGGACAGGCCCGGUGAUGCACAAGCUGUAACGGAGGCGAUUGAGGAAGUAGCGCAUCCAGGUAACCACGGCAACACUCACCUUGGCGACAAGGCUUCAGACGUGAAGCGAGAGGCCAAAUGCGGGGAUGACAAGAGGGAGGACCAUGUGGUGAAACUUCGCGCUAGAAAGAGUUCUAGAGAGGAGCAGGAGUAUUCUCGUCUGGACUCCAUGGUGUUACUGCUGAUGAAGCUAGACCAGCUGGACGAGGAGAUCGACACGGCCCUCAGCGCCUCCUCCUCCUCCACCAUGGCCAUCACCCCCACCCUCAGGAGACACCAGCGAAGGGAAGUGGACUUCGACUCAGUAAAGCCCGUUGGGAGAGUGUCAAGCACUUCUCAGUCUGUGAAUACUCCACAACAGCAUCAAGUAUCCACUACUCUGUCCCCCGCUAUGCCGACUGCUGCUCCCGGGACCAAACCCAAGACUGGGAGCCUGUCUACCAUGCCCAAGACAACCCAAAGAAACGAGAUGGAGGCCAAAGAGGCGUGUACCUGGCUCCGGGCUGCCGGUUUCCCACAGUACGCACAGCUGUACGAAGAUGGCUUGUUCCCCGUUGAGAUUGUGUCUGUGACCAGGGACCAUGAUUUCCUGGACCGAGACGCCAUCGAGGCUCUGUGCAGGAGACUGAACACCCUCAACAAGUGUGCCCUGAUGAGACUGGAGAUCUCCCCACAGAGAAAGAGAAGUGAGGAUUCAGACGAGGAAGAGCCAUGCGCCAUCAGUGGCCUUUGGACCUUCCAGCGGGACAGCAAGCGCUGGUCUCGCCUGGAGGAGCUGGAUGUCUUCUUCCUCCCGGGUGGAAACCAGCCGCCCUUCACCCAGGUCCAGAGACCCUCGGCCGGUCAGGGGCAGCUCCGCGAGGGCCUGAGCUCGGAGAGUGUGCUGACGGAUCUCAGCGAGCAGCCUGAGGUGGCCUCGCUUCACAGCUGCGGGAGUGUGGGAGAGGGAGGGAUAGUCGAUGGUGCCACAUCUAGCGAUGCCACGCCAGCGGCGGGCGCCACCCGCGCCAACUCGAUGGCCAGCAUGUGCUCCUCCUCGGGCACGGGCGGGUCAUGCGGCACCACCGAGGACUCGCUGUCUGACGGGCAUCCACACUCACCAUUGGAGACGACCCAAGGUCACUUCUCCUUCGACGGCAAGCCCAGUGGAAUUGUGGGAACAGGAGGGAUAGAAGGAGGAGGGAGCGAGACUAGAGGAGGGAAGAGCACGCGCUCACGGGCCAAGAGUUUCCUCAAGCGCAUGGAGAGCAUCAGACUGAGGAGCGCCACUUCCAAUAGCAAGAAGAAGAACGGAGGCGGGGGAAGACCUUCCAAACUGGAGAUCAGCGGGCCGGUCAUCAAAGAAGGACUAGACGACGACAAGCUACGGCGCCUCAAUUGCGUUGACAUCUCCACCCUCAACCCGACCCAAACCAUGACCCUGAACUGUAACAGGAGCGUAUCCUACUCCACGCAGACCAGCAGUGGCAGCAUGGGGAGCUCCGGAAGCACGGGCAGUAGCCAAUCAGAAGCAAGCAGCGGAAGCACCGUUAGCACCCCGAGCCCGGUGACACGAACCCGAAGCCACAGCACCGCGGUGGGAGCCAGUAAGAGAGGUGGGAUGUACCUGGAAGGUUUUGACCCGUUAAGCGUGUUCCUACAGCCGCCUGGAGAACAACAACCCCCAGGUUCAACCCAACCCAAAACCAGACAGAAACCACCUCAGCAACAGCCUAGUAACCGGAUAGUGGCUGAGCAAAACCAAAGCAAGCGUGGUCGCCUCAACGGAGAGAGGGAGGAGGAAGAGGAGGAAGAAGGCGUGAUUUUCUUCUACCUUCCCGAAGGCCAUAAACCGGGCACAUUCCCCAAAGCGCUCGGCGACGGCAAACAACCACCGCAAAGUGGAAAUGCCGAUCCGCGCUAUCUCGGUAGUCGAUGCCAAACGCGUUGCGGCUCCACCGGCUCAGCGGACAGCCGCCUGAGUUUCUACGACAACGUGCCCAACGUGGCCUAUCAAGGUGAGGAAGACGAUGAAGUCAAUGAAGAAGGGGAGGGGCCAAAGUUGGAGGAUGUGCUGGAAUGUGUCAACGGCCUGCAGCGAUUCGUCAACGCCUGGACGGACAGGGUGGCAGCCGGGGAAGAGGAUGACGAAGAGGAAGAAGAUGAGGGGGAUUCGGAUUCGGCAUUGGAUUCAGCGUCUCCUUGUCCGUCCUCACCUUUGCAGAACCGGCUGGAGGAGACGGACAACGGGAGCGACCAGGACAGCACGGGUAACCCUCUGGGAGAAGGAGAGAGGGAAGAAGGAGAGGGGGAAGAAGGAGAGGGGGAAGAAGCCAUGAGGGAGAGGAGGGACUCCGGAGUGGGAGCCUCUCUCACCAGAUCUAACAGGCCUCAGAAACUGCGCUGGCCCAGUUUCCAGGCCUCCCACCGGCCCAGUCACUCCUGGGCCCAGCGGCAGAUGGGCUGCCAGUCAGUACUGCAGAUGAACCUGCUCCAGAAGCUCUGCCUGCUCCAGCUAACAGCCCUCCUGGAGAAACACACCCCCACCAACAAACACGGCUUCAGCUGGGCUGUGCCGAAGUUUAUGAAGCGGAUCAAGGUGCGGGACUACAAAGACCGAAAUGUGUUUGGAGUGCCUCUGCUGCUGAACGUCCAGCGUACGGGUCAGCCCCUGCCUCAGAGCAUUCAACAGGCCAUGCGCUAUCUACGCAGCCAAUGUCUGGACCAGGUGGGUCUCUUCAGGAAGUCGGGGGUUAAAUCACGUAUUCAGGCGCUCCGUCAGAUGAACGAAACAUGCGGUGCCGACGGAGGUGGAGUCAGUUACGAGGGCCAAUCAGCUUACGACGUGGCCGACAUGCUGAAGCAGUAUUUCCGGGACCUUCCAGAGCCGCUACUCACCAGCAAACUGUCUGAGACCUUCCUGCAGAUCUAUCAAUACAUGCCCAAGGAGCUGCGUCUUCAGGCUACGCGAGCGGCCGUGCUGCUGCUGCCAGACGAGAGCCGCGAGGCGCUGCAGACCCUCCUGUGCCUGCUGAGUGACGUCACCGCCGCCGUGGCAGAGAACCAGAUGACCUGCGCCAACCUGGCCGUCUGCCUGGCGCCUUCGCUCUUCCACCUUAACACGCUGAGACGCAAGGAGAGCUCCUCGCCACGGGGGAUGAACAGGAAGCAGCCGCUGGGUAAACCUGACCAGAGGGACCUCAACGAGAACCUGGCCGCCACCACCGGCCUGGCACACAUGAUCCAGGAGUGCAGGAAGCUCUUCAGGAUCCCAGAAGAGAUGAGUCGCUGCAGAAACUCAUACCAGGAGCAGGCCCUGACCCCCCUGAGGCUGGAGGAGCUAGGGGCUUCCUCUGGGGGGGGACCCAUGGGAUGCAGGACCUACCUCCAGGACAGCCUGGACGCCCUUCUCAAAGAGGCCAAGGACAAGUUCAAAGGUUAUGACAGCUGCUCCACGCCUGAACUCGCCGAGCUGGCGUACAAGAAGGUCCACGAUGGCUCACCGCUGCGCCUGUGGAAGGCGUCCGUGGAGGUGCCUGCGGGUCCUGAGGAGGUGUUGACGCGGGUCCUCCGGGAGCAGGGCCGCUGGGACGAGGACCUGAUGGAGAGCCGUGUGGUGGAGACGCUAGGCGAUCGCACUGAGGUGUACCAGUACACCAGGAACACCAGCCCCCACCCCACCAGAGACCACCUCGUGCUCAGGACGUGGGUGACAGACCUACCUAAGGGAGCGUGUGCGUUGGUGUGUACCUCAGUGGACCAUGACGGGGCAGCGUUACUGGGCGUGCGGGCCAAUGUGCUCACCUCACGCUACUUCAUCGAGCCAUGCAGCAGCAACAAGUCUCGCCUCACACACAUCUCCAGGGUCGACUGCAGGGGUCGGUUCCCAGAGUGGUACAAUAAACUGUAUGGACACCUGUGUGCCAGUGAGGUGGUGCGGAUACGCCAGUCCUUCACCACCCAGAUGGAUAAGUGAGGGCCAGGCAGCUCCACUUGACUUGGAGACCAAAGUCACAAGAAGGGGCGACACCCUGGAACCAGAAAGAGUCUCUAUCCACCCCCACCUCAGCCCCUAAUUCGCUACAGCCCUGAUGCUGGUUGGGGUUGACUGGGGGAGGACAACCCAUUGACUCAUUGACAUGAUUCAAGCUCUUGACAGACAUACCCUUGUGUCCUGGACAGAGAGACUUUGAACAGACUUUGUGGUCAUCCGUAGACUGUCAUCAACGGCCAGGUGGGGUUACUGCCUCCGAGGGGUCCUGCAAGGCCUGGAACGGCCAUGGACCCUCACAGUUCUUUCAGAGUUGUGUUAUGGUUCUUGUGCUAGGUGAUGUGUUGCGGGCGGCACGACCAAAGUAAAUGUGUCUGAAAUGGAAGUAUGGUGUCACUCAUCCAACAAGCAUAAUACCUUUACAGAGAGGAUGUGACAUCACCGUCAGAGGAUGUGAUGUCACGGAUUAGUUAAAAGAGAAUCUAUAGGGGAGGGGGGCUUCUGAUAAGAGAGAAGGUUGGUGUGUGGGUGUGAUGAAUGGUUGAUUAAUUUCAUGCACUGGCUCCCAGCUGCAAUAUAGUGUGUAUAUACUAUAUCCUGCAUCUGUUCAUGUUGCUUUUUCCUGUUUCCUCUCUCUCUCUCUGUGUGUGUGUGUGUGUGUGUGUGUGUGUGUGUGUGUGUGUGUGUGUGUGUGUGUGUGUGUGUGUGUGUGUGUGUGUGUGUGUGUGUGUGUGUGUGUGUGUGUGUGUACUCGUGCACAAGUGUUUUUAUCCUGUUACAGCGGAGGCAAUGUCCACGACAUUGUUUUCAGGAAGAUACUGUAUUUUUCGACGGACGGAUGGAUAAUAUGGGCUAAUAGUUGUGUGAAUGUAUUGAAAAUAUGCAAUAUCUGAGUUUGUAUUGAUAAGUGGGGUAUGGUGAGUUGAUAGUUGGUUAAAUGGCAUUAGGGAAAGCUAGUAUAGAGUGGGUUUAAAGGAUGGAACAGAAGCAAAAUGGUGGCUGGAACACCAAUUGGUUGAGAGGGUUAAAGUCGCCCCCAAAACUAAAAUGGAGACUUAGAUUCUGAUGGACCAAGCUUAAAGAAAGCAGACAGUCACAGAACAUUUUGAUUGAUUCCACUGCUUAAAAGAGCAUCGAGAAUACACAACAAUCAACAGGGCUAGGAUUCCAAAAUGGCCGCCAUUUGUAGGCUAAACGUUGAUGGAAGGAACACUUCAGGUUGUUACUUUUGUAGUACGAUGUACAAGAGCAGUCAAGGUGGUCUUCUGCUUCACAGAAGAAAAACCUGGGGGGAAAGAAAUAGAAAAGAAGAGAAGAAAUGAAUAGAAAACAAAGAAAAGAGAAGGUCCUUUUAUAAAGGUGUGGGAUUUUACAGGUUUUACUGUAAAUAGAGGAGGAGACAGUGCAGGGAAUGUCUGUCUGUCUGUCUGUAAGUCUGUCUGUCUGUCUGUCUGUCUGUCUGUCUGUCUGUCUGUCUGUCUGUCUGUCUGUCUGUCUGUCUGUCUGUCUGUCUGUCUGUCUGUCUGUCUGUCUGUCUGUCUGUCUGUCUGUCUGUCUGUCUGUCUGUCUGUCUGUCUGUCUGUCUGUCUGUCUGUCUGUCUGUGUUACCUUAAAUGAAGUAUAAGACUAAUAGUAACCAAGUACACCUUCAUCCGGGCCGGAUUUGGGCCCCGUGUUAAAACCUAUACGUUCUCUGUUCAGUGUGUGACUCAUUUGCUAAGUGUUGUGUUGUAUUGUUAAACGUGUGUGUACAUUAUUUGUACGCCGUCAGAUAUGAGUAACGCAUGACAAUGACAUUUAAUUUAAAAAUAUAUUUAUACCUCAGAUAUGUUUUUUUUGUACCAUGUUUAUUUUAUUGUAAAUGUUACGCUUAAGUUACAGAAAUGUGUUUUAUAUUUUGUAUUAUUAAUAUUAUUUCUGUACAGAUUAAUCACAGUCACAUGCACUAUUAAAUGUAUUAAACAAAGAGUGUUGUCUUA